AUGAUGCAAGUUGGCUCCUGUGAAUGCACAAACAACGACCUUGAAUUAUUUUCCUUACCGCCAACGCUUACAAGCAUUGAAAAGUCGCAGCACAUCGAAUAUUUACCUCUAGGAUCGCUUACCGAUGAUACGCCUAUCGAAUUUUUUGUCUCUAAUUGCGGAGAUGAAUACAUUGAUUUGGCCAAGACGUAUCUUUAUCUCGAACUCAAAGUUACCAAGGCUGAUGGUACUGAUCUGGAAGAAAAUGCAAAGGUUGGACCUGUCAACAAUCUGCUGCACACCUUAUUCAGUCAGAUUGAUUUAUCCUUAAACGGGCAAUUGGUCACAUCUGCUAAUAACACAUACCCGUAUAGGGCCUACAUUGAAACGUUGCUGUCCUAUGGCGAAGAAGCCAAGAAAAGUCAACUUCAGGCCGGUCUAUGGUAUGCUGACGAGCCCGGUAAAUUUGAAAAGGUCGAUCCUACAGCAGCUGACACUAACAGCGGCUUCAAAACAAGGGCCAAAUUUAUCGCCAAAAGCAGACAACUUGAUUUGUUUGGCAGAUUGCAUCUUGAUUUGUGCCAUCAAAAUCGUUACUUACUCAAUGGCGUGGACAUGAAAAUAAGAUUGAAUCGCACGAAAAACACAUUCUUUCUCAUGUCAGAUCUCGGCACUGAGGUGACUAAGAUUACGAAAGCCAUCCUUUUAGUGCAGCAUGUUAAACCCAACCCAGCUGUCUUAACAGCACACGCUAAAGCUCUAAACACUACAAAUGCAAGGUAUCACAUACGAAGGGUCGAAGUAAAGACAUUUUCGGUGAACACGGGCACACAAACUAUCACUAGAGACAACGUGUUUUUGGGGCAAGUUCCUAGGAGAGUGAUUGUUUUCAUGACCGAAAAUGCUGCUCAGGUGGGCGCAAAGAAUAAAAACCCAUUCAAUCUGAAGCACAAUGAUCUCAAUUUCAUCAGCAUCGAGGCGAAUAGCAGGACGUAUCCGGCACAGCCACUGACCCCUGCUUUUGGCACUAAGAACAAUUAUAUCCAAUCAUACAUGACCAUGUUCAGCGAAACCGGGAAGAUUCACGAUGACAACGGCAACGACAUCACACGUGAAAGCUACAGAAAAGGUUACACUCUCUGGGUAUUUGAUCUGUCACCCGAUAGGGAGGACGGCAAUCACGUUAACCUCGUUAAGGAAGGAAAUCUCCGCUUAGAUCUGAAAUUCGCUGAAGCCUUGACAGAAACUAUGUCCGUUUUCGUUUAUGCGGAAUUCGAUAACGUCAUAGAAAUUGAUAGGGCCAGAAACAUCAUCAAGGAUUUCCAAUGA